AUGCGCCGAACGUUUGUCUCGUUCAAUAAGGAUGGUAGAGCAGAAGACCGUCUGGACGGUUUCUACCCUGCACUGCAAGUUCCGAAAGACGAGUUUAUGGCUAGGCGCCUUGAGCUGGUUGAGGGGGAGGAGAAUGUUUUUCUCGUCGAUGAGGACUUGGUGCUUAACCACCUAUUGGCCAGUAGCUCUUUAAAGUAUGAUGGGAAAACAGAUGCCCUGCAAGGUGCUUCUGCCGUGACGGCUCAGCCCAAUGGCGGUGUUUUACUUUCAUUAGAUUUGCUGCGUGACGAUUUUGGUGGCCGACAGACAAAGGAGCCUUGCUACAGUGAUUGGGACUCAAAGGUGCUUGCGUUCCGUGGGGAGUGA